AAAAAAUUAAAAAAAUAUGUCAAUACCUGAAUAUCGUUUACAGAUAUAUAUUCUGUGGACUGUUUUUCAUUUCAUUUCAUCUCAUUCUCAUUCAUUCAUUUUUUUUUUCCUUCCAAAUCGUCAAAACCUUCACUUUGGGUUACCUUUGUAUUAUGAACAGCUGGCGGCCUCAAAACCCAUAUAAGGUCACAAUGUCCUAAUAUGGUAAAAUCAUACCCAGUUCCCCAGAUUGUUUUUUGUAAAUAAAUAUCCGGCAAAUGAGAAAAAAACUCAAGAAAAAACCUCGAAAAAUGAUGAUUUUUUUAACUCCAAAAAACCCCUAAAACGCAAAAAUAACCUUCAAAUUUGUAAACAUAUAAUCUAUUGGUAUAGAUUUAGGUUUCUUUAUCGCUAAAGCUGUUUUAUGAUGGAGGAAUAUGAGUCUUUUUCUCAUCUUUCUCUGUUGAUCAGUGGCUUGGGGAAAAUGGUGGUGGAUCUUGAUUCAAUCAAAAGCGCUAUAAGUGAGAUUGAUGGUCGUUUAGACGAAAAUGCUGCAAGUCUUCAGAAAGAAUUGAGUAAUCUAACGUCCAUGUGUAAUGAAUCUCUGAACCCAGACCAGGAUUUAACAAAUCUGCGCAGCUCCAAGGAAGCCAUUUCACUGCUAACCGGCCCUGAAUUCAAUAAUCACGUCUGUGACUCUGAACCAAUGGUGUUGAACUGCUUCUUGAAUAAUGUGAUUCAGGCUCUUGAAAGAAACCCAGGUCUUGAGGAAGCAAUUUUACAUGAAUUGGUUAAGUUUGCCUCUGAACAAGGAAUGAUCCUUCCAUUUGCACUGAUGCCAAGUGAAAAACUUCACAACCAGGGUAGCGAUGUUAAUCCAGAUGAAUUGGAGACAAAAAUUUUGUGGGAAAAAAUCCGAAAUAAGUUUAAUGCUGGCCUCUGGAAAAUCAUGGGUAGCUUAAAGCUUCAACAAGAUGAAAAUCUUAGCUUAUUAAAUGAAAAAAGAAGACAAGAACUGAUCCAGAGGCUGUUAUUCUUGUCUCCUCUGGACUUUGUCUGGGAGAACUAUCUUCUUUUUCGUCGACGAAUGGUCGAGAACUACUCUAUUAAUCCAGAUCUCAUCUCAGGGAUUGAGACCAGCCUUGUCAUGCAGUACAAAGAUGCCCCUGCUAAUGCUAUAGCCCUUGCAAAGCUUAGCCGAGCCAUUGAGAUGAUGAUUACUCAAGACAUGAAGAUUUUAGAAGGGAAUGAACUUCGCUCCAAGGAAAUGACAUUCAAAGUGAUUUAUGAGAUUUAUUUAGAGAAGUAUAUGCUAGAGCUGAGGUCAGUCUUACAGUUGUAUCGUGAAGAGAAGAAAAGCAUUGCUGAGAGACGAGGUUCAAGUAGAAGCACCUCCAGCAUGAGUAUCCAUGGCGAUGACUUGAUUGUUUACAAACUCUGUUUCCUAGCAACUGUUAGUCUGGAGAUGAUGGUGAUCAAAGUAUUGGAGAAAAAUUGCAAAGGAAUCACACCUAAUGUGCUCAAGCCAGUUGUUUCUAACGUGACUGGAAGUGGAAAGACCCAGUUGCCCAAACUUACCCACAAAUCCAGCAAAGAUCUUCCAGUACUUGAAGCAUGGCCCAACCCAAUGCCUGCUCCAUUUGGUGUAGGUAAAAGUGACUUCCCAGCACCACCCAGCUCUUCCCAUCAUGCUUCAUCAGUGUGGGCCUGGCGAGAUGAAUUCAAGCAUGUCAUUUCAAGGAUAUCCUCAGCUGUCACUGAGACCAUCAAGUUGGGCUGUGACUCAUCCCUGGAGGAAGAGAAUAAGAUUUACGCCACCACUAAUGGGUUACAGGUUAUACAUCUUAAAGAUGAGCUUGUAGGAGGACAAGAGGAUUACCCUAAAUGCAUUGCAAAGAGCUGUUCAAUUAUAAUGUCCAGAGCGGACGAUGUAUUACCACUAGCUAGUUUUGAUGGAGGCAAGCUUUUCCAGGUCGUUAGGUCCUCAUUUGUAGACACUUUGGAUUCUUGUCUCAAGACUUAUUUUUCAAGCGUAGUCAAGAUUAUCGCGGAUUUCCCUAAGAAAUGCAACAUACAGGCCUUAUAUGUUUUGCUUAGCAGUUCUGUGUUCGUUAGGAAUCGUUUGGCCCACUAUGAAGAGGUGAUUGGAACAGAGCCAAGGCGUCCAUUUGCUGUUCUUCACCGUCAGUACAGUGAGCUGGCCGAGAGUCUUACCAACCAGAUUAUGAACUAUCACAAGCAUAUCAUUGCUACUGUUAUUCUUCAAGACACUGAGAGCCAUAAUUGGGAGGACCAAAGGCCGUUCUAUGAGGACGAACGGUGCUCUUUCUCUGUCCAGAUGUGGAAUCUCUACAUCCAGGGAUUGCUUCACGACAUGUGGAAAUAUUGCCCACCCAUUAAAGCUCAGUCCAUACUCACCAACAUAUUGCACAACUCUCUGUCGACCUUCACUCUACGCUACAGUAAUGCUCUACCAUCGUAUAACAGAGUCAAGCAGUUUCGAUCUGAUAUUACUGCUAUUCUGCUGUGCACCGUUUCAUUUCUGUGGCCGUGCUGUAGUUCUUUAUCAGUGUUGUUCGAUUCCAGUCGUGAGGAGACGAUAAUUUCCAGUAUCCAUAACCUGUGUUCCUGUCUUAUCGCAACUAUGGCCAUUGUCUCAUGCCCUCUAGAGGAGCUGUGCAAGUGUCUAACAAGUAAGAAGAAAUCCAGGAAACACCGGCGAGGCUGCAGGACUGAUUGGCUAUCAUGGAUAAUACCUGAAGUACUCAAAACACACGACGGAAGCCUUAGCGCAUUGAUAGACCGUCAAGCCUUGAAUGUUUUGUUCAAACUAAUGAUCAACCAACCCGUUCCUCAAUGGAGCCUUGUUUUGCAUGCACUGUUGUUGCGCGACGCACGUCUGUCUGUCACCAUCGUCAAAUAUGGCGACCUGUCAGUCAUAGGCAGUGCUUCACCAGAAGACAAAGGCAACCCACACAGUGAACACAACCGAUGGUUCAAAGAAGGUAUCUCAUCACCUGGUCCCCAGGUCACCUUGUCCAGUGCAGGCUUGGUGACCUCUCUUUAUUACGUGUUGUUCCAGAGCGCCAGCCAAUCAUCAGCCGUGGUUAACUUCCUUAUGGCGCUUGUUAAUAGGGAAGACAGUUGGAAGCUGUUCGAGGCCAAGGCUUGUGUAAAGGCUCUGGAGAAACACGAGUUUCCUGUGUGGCUCAAUUGUCUGUACGAUACGUUGCAGCCGUAUAUUCUCAGGUUUUUGACGCCGUCGCUGCGACUUCUUUGUGAGCGCGAUAAACCUCGCUCUAAGUCUUUUAACUUUACUUCCAUGAGUUCCCUGCCUUGUGGAUGUCCUUUUAAACCUCCAUAUAAAAGACCAGAUAAAGUUAGAGGUGAGACGGACAUCAUUUACUCUGCUUUGCGUGAAUUCAUUGUUCUGCUGGCAGAUAAUCUCAACACCAUCCCUUCUGUCAUCUCGCAGUUCAUCUGCACUCUUCAAGAUUCCUUACAAAUGAAGUCCAUGGACUCGUCAAGCGCUGGGUUGAAGGUCCUUGGUUGGUUGAUAUGUCGCUGGCUGUCAGACCCCGACUACAGUGUAACAAGACAUACCACUACUCCAUCAGCCGCUGUGCAGAGCACCGUGGAAAUAUUUUCUGAGGUCAUAUGGCAUGUAUUUAUACACUUGGAUAAUAGUUCUGAACUUAUCGAUAACCCUAAGUUCCCGAUGAACCUGGAGGCUGAUCUACGAUCCAACAGAGGCUGGCUAUCAGACAAACUUCAAGUCAUCAGCCAACACAUUGUCAACAACGUUGAAGAAGAUUACCAGGCAGACACCAUCCAUGAUGAAAUCAGUGACAUCAAGUACAGCAACGCUGCCAAGGAACUCUUGAGCCAUGAAAAAGGUGCUAAAGCGCUGUCUCAUGUGUAUCGCUUCUUGAUCAACAAUAAGGAUUGGUUAAUGAACCUAAUAGUCAUCCCAGGCCAUAUUCUUCCACCCAAACCAAGUGUGACCAGCCAAUCCAACUCGCCAGCUUUCUGCUCCUUCAACCCUCUACAAAAAUACGACCUUAUCGGGGAAUUCGCAUUUGACCAGGCUAAGAUCGCGUCUUUCCCAUUCGACUGGGGUGCGCUUCUCCAGUCUGAUCUUGGUCUGGUUCCAAACGCGCUUAAGAGGCUGGUGUGUCAUCGCUUUGAAAUGCAGGAUUCAUCGUAUUUGGAGGAGAGCGAAAAGGGUGUGGUGGAGAAGCUGAAGGUGUUUUGUGGCAUCAAAGACUUGAAAGCGCAUGAGGAUGAAGUCAGUCGUGACCAAGAAGUUUAGUAAUGGAAUACUAGUGAGCUAUAGGACUUUUUAAGUUUUGACGUAUUUCCGGGUCCAAACACACAAGAGAUCCCUAAAAUCUUGCCACAACUUAUUCCCAGGAUUUAUUCUCUACCUUCAAAGAUUAGAUACAUGACAGAAAAUCCUACUAUGAAGAAAAACACAGAAAAAUGUCUGUUGAAGUAAUUUUUAAUUUGGACCAAAAAGUCGUUAUUCGUUCGAAUUACGUCACACUUAACAGAUCUAUAGACCCCAUGCAUGUGACGUCAAAGCAGCUCAAUUGGGAGGACAAAGCAAAAGAAUUUCAAUCUCCUGAGAAUUGGAAACCUAUUGUUAUGUUCUCCAAAUUGAGUUGCAUUCCGACGUGCUGUG